AUCAAAAGAAAUAAAAGUAAAGCACAUAAUUUAACUUAAUGCAGAUUAUGAAUUAAAGCUUUACAAUGUCCGACAUUUGCAGAUUCUGUUUAUCAUUUUCUAGUGAUAAUAUGCGGCCUUUAACCGACUGUGAUGGUAUUGUGUAUAACAGCAUAAGUUUUAAGAUCCAUAUUCCCCUAAACAAUAUAUUUCCAACUCAUAUUUGCGCCAUAUGUGUUAAUAAACUGGCCGAUUUUAAUAAAUUCUGCUUGCAAGUACAAAAAAAUGAGGAAACUCUGCUCAAUAAACUGAAUAAAGGAAAAUAUGCUUUAGAGAAAUUUUACGAACAAUUAAAAAAUGAAAUUAAACAAAAUAACACACUCAUACAAGAAAAUCAAGAAGCCAUUGACAGUUUAAAAGAAAAUGAAGUAAAAAUUAAGACUGAAGUUCUGAAUUCAGACUAUGAUACUGAUUUUGACCCCGAUGAUGAUUUACCACUUUUGAAAACAAGAGAUAGCAAUAUUGAAGAUGCACUGAAUACAAAUGUUACUAAAACUGACAAGGAAAUUUCAGAGACUCUUUCUGCAAAACUUUUUAGUUUCAAAUGUCUUACAUGUUUUGAAAUGUUCAUUAGUCAAAAUAAAUUAUUGAAUCAUUACAAUAGUGUACAUAAAGUCAAAGCAGAAAUAAAAGGGAAUCAGUAUACACAGAUUGAUGGUGAUGAAAAAAUACUGUAUAAAUGUAAUAAAUGUGAUAAAACCUAUGAAAAUGUAAGAUCGGUAAAUAAACAUGCAAAAACACAUUGUGAUGAAAACUUCCAUUGUAAGCUUUGUGGAAGGACAUAUAAAACUGUAUCAGAAAUCAUAAGACAUGGCAGAGCUCACAACGGUAAGAAAAUGUCAUGCUCGUUGGGAUGUGGUUUUGCUACAGUGUACUCUGGAGCUCUUAAAAGUCAUGAGAGGAAGCAUAAGGAGGAAUAUAAGUACAAAUGUGAAACCUGCGGAAAGAGCUUCCAAGUGAAAACCUGGUAUGAACAGCAUCAGAACAUACACACUGGGGCUAAACCAUAUACCUGCGAUAUGUGCGGCAUGGCGUUUCAUAUGGACAGGUACCUGAAGGCGCAUUGCAGUGCCGUACACCCUGAAGCGUCCUUAAAGAAACGUUACGUGUGUGUACACUGCUCCAAGCCUUGCGGAACUAUGAAGGCACUUACGAGGCAUUUGAAGGAGCAUGGAAUAACAUCCAGUGUACUGUGCGAUCUGUGUGGUAAAACACUAUCCAGCUCAGAGCAACUGGCGAUCCACAGGAGGCUACACACAGGCGUAAAACCAUAUUCCUGCAGCAUAUGCCACAAAGCUUUCGCAAAGCGCUCCAACCUGAAGCUUCACCACAUCACCCACAGCGGGGAGCGCGCGCACGCUUGUGCAGCGUGCGGCAAGCGCUACAGUCAGCGCAGCACGCUCCACAGACACGUGCAUAGGCACCAUUCAUCCGAGAAGAAAUGUACAAAAUGUGAUGCCGCAUUCAACUCCCACACUGAACUUGAAGCUCAUCUGAAAAUUUGUUCUUGAUGUUUUAUACAAUGGAGUAAUAAAUAUUUUUUUCGAAA